AUGGGCCGAGAACAAUCGGCAGACUUCGAAAAAGCAUUCGCAGAUUUGCUGCUUGCGGGGCUUCGUCGGCAGGGAGAGGUGCAUGGCGACGAGCGCGUCCGCUCCAUCAUGCGACGGGUGCUGGUCGAGCGCGGUGGCGACGGGAGGGAGGAAACUGGGACGGUGGCCUCAGCAGUUUUUUCUUUGGCUGGAGCGGGCCUCGGCGACAAGGGGGCGAUUGCGGUGGCGGAGGCCCUUCUGAAGCUCGGCUCGCCGCAGAUGGUGAAGUCCCACGGCGUGCGCCGCUGGACGGUUUUGCUCAAUGACAAUGGCCUGACGGACCGGUUCUCGGCGCACGUGUCGCUGCUGGUGUCUCGCUGCGCGCCUCCCGUGGUGCUGCUUGAUGCGCGGGGCAAUGCGAUGACGCCGGCGGCCAUUCAGCGCAUAGAGGAGGCCCGCGAGCUGUCCCCCGCCCCCUGCGCUCUUCGGCUGCCUCCGACUGCGGGGACGGCUGGGGUGGCUGCCGCGGCGUCGCUUAGGGAAAGCGCCUCUUCUGCCUCUACGGCGGGCGGGUGGCGCCGCGGUUUGGAUGCGGAGGCGCUGCGGAAGCGUCGUUCCGCGCUGUUUGCGAGCGGGGCUGCUUCCUCCACCGCGGUGGGGAGCGAGCUGGGCGGGCGGGGUCGUCCGCGGAGCCGCCAAAGCGAGGGCGAGGCCCCGCGUGACGUGGCAGCGGUCGAAGUCGCUGCACGGGCGCCGAGCUCGGCGAGUGGCCCCGCACCUGAGGAACGGAGCCGCCGAAUGGAGGCGAGUGGUCGGCGGCAUUCGGCUGGCGCGGGGAAGAGCGAGAAGAGGGAGGAGGAGGCUCCUCCUCGCGGGGGCGAUUGCGGAGAGCCCCUCGACGUGACGGCGAACCUCAGCCCUCCCUUGGCGGUUGUGCUGGAUCUUUCGAAUGCGGUGCCCACGGGUCGUUUGCAGGCGCUUUAUGGCACCGACGAUAUCUGGAGCGUUGUGGCGCCGUCUGGCGAGGCGGUGUCACACGCGUUUCCGCCCAAGCAGACGCCAUUUCUUCGGGCAGGGAUUAAAUCAACCGUUUCUUUUCACUCUUUGACGGUCCUUUUGCGAGCGAACAAAAACGCAAGCAAAAAAAGAAAAAAGAAGGGAAGGAAGCGCUAG